AUGUCACUUCUAAAUAGGUUAAGGAGGCUAUUUGAAAGGGAGAGGAACCCGUCUCCAGCGCGGAGCACGGGAAACGGCUCCGCCCUUCCAGGGGCGAAGAGAAAUACUACCGGUGGUGGCCCGAACAUUUGGCCCGUGCACCCCGAUGUUCAGCGUGAGAUACAGAGGGGCUCGCAUUUGAAUAUGAAGGUCGUUGUGCGUGGGAUGCGCCGCACGGGGAAGUCAACUAUUGUCUCACGUCUCUGCGGAUACGCUCCGCUUGGCGGUUACACACCUUCGCCAGAAAUCAGUGCGGGUACCAUUUUUUACCGUAGCUAUGCAGGAAGGACAGGAGUUGGCGGCGGUGGCAGCAGCGGUGCGAAGGUGGAGUUAUGGGACGUGGUUGACGAGGGCUUCAGUGCCUCCCAACCGUCGUCCACGGCACGACACCCAGCCCUGGCGGAUGCGCGCUCCAUCGAUGUCUACAGGGGAUGCCAUCUAGCAGCUUUUGUUGUAGAUCGAACUCGGAGGGAGACGCUGGAAUAUGCUGUGCGUGAAGCGCGUCAUGUUCCACCAAAUACAUGCGUCAUUUUUAUUCUGAACUUUUAUGAUGCGCCCAGAGAUGCGCAUGCUGUUUCGGAGCGUGACAUUGAUGCUGCGUGCACGGGUCUCCGACGGGCCACAACGCCUAUGAUUUUGGCGGCUUCUGCAGGUCGUUUGCCGCCGGAGGAUUACUCUAUCGCUGCGACUUGGGUGAGCAUCAGUGCCGCGACCGGCCAGGGCAUGGAGUCGCUUCGCAACGCCUUUGAGAUUCCAUAUAUGCUUCUCAAAAUAUCGACGUUGGAGGCUCACAUUCACGCGUGUUUUCAUUUUGUUGAGGAGCAUCGGACAUGGAUGCUCCGCGAAAGAGCCAAUUUCCUCCUUCAGGAGAAAGUAAACCAGCAGGCGCUACGGGAGGGCGGAACUGAGCCGCUCGGGGCGGCCUCUCGUCCAUUGCCCACGGGCGGAGGUGGUGGUGCGCCGCCGCGGGACGAGGGGCGGGGCCCACCCACGUUGAGUAUCGUCGCCGGCGACCGACUUCAUCGCGAUGUGGAGGAGGAUGAAAACGGAAUUGCAAGGGACUUUUUUAACGACAUUAGGGGGGACGAGGAGGAGGAUGCGGGGGGGGCUGGCGCGGGAGCAGGGAGGCGCAGAAGCAGUAGCGGUAGCGGUAGCUCUGACAGCGGCCACCGAAAGUGGAUGCGCCCCCCCACUGGGGCAGUUGUGCCAACAGUCUCCGCCUCGCCGCCACCGCCACCAGAGCCCACGACAAAGCUUGCGUCCCACGCGUCUCAUGGGGCUCCUGCGACCAUAACACAUCCUGCUGCUACUGGCAGUGCCCCUGUUACUGUGAUUGACGAGGAUGCGCUGCAGAUGCGUGUGCCAGCUGCGGGCUUUCGUGACUUUGAUGACAACGUGCUUGACGUUGGAGACAAUCAGAGUUUAGACGGUGAUUUCUUCGGUUCUGACCACUCUGGGGAGGAUUCCUCCAGGCACAGUGCGGCAGUGGCUACUGACGGCGACGGCGGCGACGAGGGCGAUGAAGUCCGCACGGAGUUCAGCGCACACCUGCGUGCGCCGUUGGCUGUGGCGGAAGCGUCCACGAAUAACGUCCAAAUUGAGCCCCGCACGUCCUCCAUUUCUGCCGAUGUCAGUGCCCUGCUACAGCAGAUGCAGAGUAUGCUAGGGACCUCUGUUGACGAGGAAGGUGCACUGCAUGUGCGCCACGACAAGCGCAAGGGCCAAGCCCGCCACAAGAGGAAAGAUGCGGCGCGAAGUAAAAGACGCCACCAUCAUGUGGGUCAGGAUGAUGGCUCUAAAGGGGUGAAAAACACCCUUAGUGAUGAUGGGUCUUUUGAGGUGAUCAGAGAGUGA